AUGGCUGGAACAUCUCGGAGAGACCGCCAUUCCAUGAUUUCGAGAGACACCACGUUUGGGGUCUUCCUCACCAUUCAAACUGGAGCUGGCUUCCUGGGGAACUGCUUGCUGUUUACUUUAUACAUGUACACCUUCUUCGCUCUCCCCCAUAAGAAGAAGCCUGCUGAUGGGAUCCUUGCCCACUUAACUUUGGCUAACAGCCUGACCAUCCUAUUCAGAGGGGUUCCAAAUAUAGUUCGUUCCUUUGGAAUGAGGCCUAAGAUAAGUGACACUGAGUGUAAACUUGUUCUCUACAUUCAUAGAGUUACCCGGGGUAUUUCUCUGUACACCACCUCCCUCCAGAGCUCGUUCCAGGCCGUGACCAUUGCUAUAAGUAGUUGUAAAUGGGCCUGGCUCAAGAAUAACAUCUCCACAUUCAUUCAACCCUCCAUGUUUUUCUGCUGGAUCAUCAACAUGGUCAUGUAUUCUGAGAUUAUCUUAAAAAUUGAGGCCAUUAGGAAUACCAGUGAUGUUACAUCUUGGUAUUAUAGACCUUUUUGUAAGGUCAGGGUGCCUGAUCACCAGGUGGCCAUGGCAGUUCACAGUAGCAUGAUCAUUCAGGACUCAUUGGUUCUCUCCCUGAUGGCAUGCAGUAGUAUCUACAUGGUGACUGUCCUUACCAAACACCACAGGACAGCUCAGAGCAUCCGCAGCAGCGCCCGCUGCUCAGGAAGCUCUCCUGAACGCAAAGCCACCCAGGUCAUUCUCACACUGGUUUGCUGCUUCAUUUUCUUUUACUGGACCGAUAGCUUUCUUACUGCUUAUUCGCACUUUGGAAGUAAGCUGAAUUGGCAACUGGGGAACAUUAAUAUCUUUAUUACUUCAUGUUACCCGACCAUCUGUCCUUUCAUCCUGAUGAAAAAUGAGAAUAGAAUUUCCAGAGUGAAUUUCUUCAAUAGUAGUAGGACCAGAAUUUUUUUUUCAUUAAAGUAA